AUGUAUGUCGGCUGUAGGCUAGUUCCUUGGUUUUCCAUUCAUGAAUUUCGUUAUGUUUUGUCUUGCUUAAAAUCCUCCGACGAUGUUGCUUUGCGCAAGGCAUUGCUUUUUAUGCGGAUAUGGUUAAGCCGGAUGGACUAUUCCAAAAUUCCUCGUGCCAUCAUCUGUACUUACGAGUUGCUUCUAGCAAGGUUUCAAAAGUCAACCCAGGCAUUGGCUAUGGCCGUUAUGCGUUUCAUAAGUCUUGUAUCUAGUGAGGACCAGGAUCGUACUCGCAGUGGGUUUGCAAUCCCUAUUUAUUCUCUUGCGGCUAAUAUUGGACUACCUUCGUGGAUGUCUUACCUGCGAAAUGAGAUCGCGCACGGCCCCAUGCCUUCUGAGGAUUCUUUGGAAAAAGCCUAUGAUUUUGCGAUCUACCCAGUAAGGUCAGGUCUAGCCUGCUUGCCAUUUGCUCUUCUGGUGAUUCUUCGUUGCCCGAGCCCACAAAUCUAG